UUUAUCCAGUUGAUCCAUAUAUUGAAUUAUACGCUGGGUCUAUUGAAACCUGUCUUGUCAGUUCUUCACAAAUAAUCUGUGUCACCCUUCCUAAUGACCGCACAACGUCAGAUAAAGGAUGGCGAAAGAUACUUCAAAUCAUGUUGAUGCGCCCAAAGACAUCCUUGGACCUGAUGAUCAGGAUUUAUUUCAAGACUCAUUCAACCUUGAUAUUGAACAGUUACCGGGUAACAACACGUUAAUGAUGAUGGAAGAAUUCACACUCAAUUCAACAAGUGAUGUUCAGAAAAAACUCUCUCCGGGGUUUAUAUCUGCCAAAACGUUACUGGAUCAAAACUCUUCUAAAAAGCUGUCGGAAGAACAGAAAUCAGAGAACAAGCAUUCUCAAAUCAAACAUUUAAACCACAAGACAAAUGAGAUGAAGAAAAACUCAACCAAAUGUUUGAAAGUUAAAAGUAAAAAUAUCAAGCAUGAAGUUUGUCUUGAUAAAAAGGAAAAUGAUCAUAUUCAAAAUAUCGUUUCUGACAAAACUCUUAAGAGGGAUCAGAACAUUCUUCAAAAAUUCAAAGGCACCAUUGAAAUCAAAACAGACGAAAUCAAACCGUGUGCCAAUUCUAAAAGGACCAGGGUUUCGCCAGAAAAGAUUAAAUCAAGUCCAUCUAAAAAUGAAAAAGAAAAGACUGAAAAAGAAGUUAGUUCAAACAGUGAAACGUCUAACUGCCUUGAUGUAUCGAAUACGGCUAAAGAACUGGCAAACUGUCUGAAUGUAUCUGAUACUGCUAAAGAACUGGCUAACAGUCUGAAUGUAUCUGAUACUGCUAAAGAACUGGCAAACUGUCUGAAUGUAUCUGAUACUGCUAAAGAACUGGCAAACUGGGGGCUACCUCAAUCAAUUCUAGAGAAGUAUAAAGAAAAGGGUAUCUCGACAAUGUUUGACUGGCAGGUUGAGUGUCUACUGGUAGAUGGUGUACUAGAGGGUAGAAAUCUAGUCUACUCUGCUCCGACCUCUGCUGGAAAAACACUAGUGGCGGAAAUUCUUAUGAUCAAGAGGGUUGUGGAAACUGGAAAGAAAGCAAUCCUUAUUCUACCCUUUGUAUCCUUAGCUCGGGAGAAGAUGUUUCAUCUGCAGAGUAUUCUUGGAGAAACUGGUGUUCGCGUUGAGGGGUUUAUGGGUUCAAUAUCACCGGCUGGAGGAAUAAAGGUAGCUGAUAUCGCUGUAGCUACUAUAGAAAAAGCAAAUGGUAUCAUUAACAGGACCAGUAGAGGAUAUCUACAAGAACUCUUUCUUACCAAGAUUCGGUUUAUGUCGAGUUCACCUGGCUCUGAAAACUCUGUUCAAAUUAUCGGAAUGUCCGCGACCCUACCCAACCUCUCCGACCUCUCCCACUGGCUGGAGGCCGGCCUCUAUACAUCAACAUUUAGACCGGUUCCUCUUACAGAACUUGUUAAAAUAGGAAGCACUUUAUUAAACAAAGAUCUAGUUCCUGUAGGAUCUAUUCAACCUGUUGUUCAAAUUCCAAACGAUACAGGGAGUGAUUUUUAUUUGGUUGGUAAACCUGCCCCUGAAGAUACCGAUGAAACCAGUUGUAACACCAGGUUGAAGCUACAGAAUGAACUGGAUGGAUCUAGAUUAGUUGAGGUUCUCGAACAAUUAAGAAGAUGUCCAUCUGGUUUAGACAACACCCUGGCUGCAACCCUUAGGUUUGGAGUUGGAUUUCAUCAUGCAGGCCUAACUACAGAUGAAAGAGAUGUUCUUGAAGCAAACUUUAAGUCUGGAAUUAUCAGAGUGAUAGAAAACACACAAACUAUCACGUCACCCAUAUCACUUUGUUCUAGGAGAGUUAUUCUAAGAUGUCCUUUAACCUACAAUGGACAAUUAAUGGACAAGCUGGCCUAUAAACAGAUGGUUGGCAGAGCUGGAAGAAAGGGUGUGGACACUGCUGGAGAAAGUAUUCUUAUUUGUAAAGAAUCAGAGCGGGAAAAGGUUAGAGAACUGGUUGGCGGUGAAUCAGAACCAGUUUUAUCCUGCCUAGCUGGAGCUGGAGCUAAGCUGGCCGCUAGCAUGAAGAGAGCUAUUCUAGAGGUCGUAGUCAGUGGAGCUGCUACUACUAAACCAGAAGUUGAAAAGUAUGCCUCGUGUACCCUGCUCUCUGCCCAGCUGAAGGUUGGUCAGGGUAAGGAGGAGGAGGAGGAGAAGAGUAUCAGGAGUUGUGUUGAGUUCCUUGAGAAGAACGAGUUCAUCAGAUUUCAGGGAGGGGAGCAGGCAGACAGAUAUGUUGCUUCCCGACUUGGACUGGCCUGCCUAGCCAGCUCACUAGCACCAGAUGAAGGUCUUACAGUUUUUGCUGAGCUAACUAAGGCGCGAAGACAGUUUGUUCUGGAGAAUGAACUUCAUAUUCUUUAUCUUAUUGUUCCAAUAUACGCUGCUGUUUCCUGGCCAAGACUGGAUUGGAUGGCGUUUUUAAGCAUGUGGGAGGAGUUACCAGAGGAUAUGAAAAGGGUAGGAUUAAUAGUUGGAGUCGAAGAAAGGUGGAUUGUCCGUGCAAUGCGUGGUACAAUACGAAGCGGAGAACCCAGUCAACGAGAUGCUCUAGCCAUCCAUCAGAGAUUCUAUACAGCUCUUGCUCUUCAUGAUCUAGCGCAUGAAGUUCCAUUGUCGGAGGUGGCAGCAAAGUACGGGGCAACAAAGGUAUUGGUACAAGCAGCUUCUACCUUUGCCGGAAUGGUGACAGUGUUUUGUGCCAGGUUGGGCUGGAACAGUCUUGAACUCCUGCUAGGACAGUUUCAGGAUAGAUUAGAGUUUGGUGUGAGAAGGGAGCUCAUUGAUCUCUGUAGGCUGACCAGCGUUGACGGAGCUAGAGCUAGAGUUCUCUAUGACGGAGGUUUAGAGACAGUAGCUUUGUUAGCUGCAGCAGAUCCUGAGGAGGUUGAGAACAUUCUUCAUAGUGCACAACCUUUUAGAAGUUCUAUAGAUAAGGAAAAUUCAAGGAAGAUCAGAACAGUUUUUAUCUCUGGGAGGCCUCCGAUGACGGAGGUUGAGGCUGCUCGGAUUAUGGUCGACGAAGCCAGAAGUUCCUUGAGGAGGGAUUUAGGGAUUCAAGCUGGUGCCUGGAUACCAGACCAGGUGCACAGGAACCAGGUUGACCUGAACAAAUCCCCAGCUGGAAGCAGUUCCAAGAAAAGCAGCAGAAGUUCCAGUGGAAAGAAAAGACGUAUAAGUGCAAGAAGAGAGAGCAGCAAGAGAGGAAAAAGAAGCUUCUCAAGUGAAAGGGGCGAUGAGCCAACUAGCCCUUGUGUUGUAGACGUCAGCUUUAAGAAACCUGAACCAGUAUCAGAGAAGAAAGAAGAGUUGUUGUCUACAAGAUCAAGGAAACCGGAUCCAGUUCCCGCCAUCAAUACUCCUUCCUGUACAACACCGGAACCCUGUAGAAAAUCAAAUUCUACGGAACGAGUGGCGUCAUCUAUCAUUGGCAAUAAAAGCAUAAUCAUAAGUCCACCUUUCCAGGCUAGCAGGAUUCCAAAACCGUCCCCACAGUCCUGUGGACAGUUUGAUAUGAGCAGUAUUCUAGAUAAUAUAUUUGAGGACGAAAUGGAGACGACAAAUGUAAAGCAGGACGAAGCUUACUCCGGGAGUCCGGCUCUAAGGUGUAUACCUGACCCGGAGCAAAAACCUGAAAAUUCACCAAUUGUUUACUUGGAAGAACUAACUCUAGAGCUAUCAGAGAGUGAUUGUGAUGAACCAAAGGUUGGAAGCCUAGGACGCCAACCUGAAGCUCUUGGAGCAGAUUUCAAUCUAAGUUCAAAUUCAAUGUCUUCUUGGGAAGACGACAUGUUUGAUAGUUCUAUAGAUUUUAACGCUGAUAAAAAUAAUAUUGUGACCAGUGUUAAUAAGUAUGAAUCUAAAAUUGAGAAAAUGAGUUUGGAGAACUGGGAAACCUUUGAUGUUUCUCCAGGAACAUUGUCCAUCUUGCAGACCCAUCCUGCUCCUGUACAACGUGUGGAGGAGACAAAUAAACCCCUUGUUGAAACUAAACAUCCGAAACAGAUCAUAGAUUUGAAUAAAGAUGAACAUGACAAGAACGAUAAUCCAACAAAGAAAGCCAGAACACAACCAUUUUUAGAUGAAUUGAAAGUAUCAGAGCUAAACUCUACAACAAGAUUGAACCCACACCCAGAAAAGUUAUCCUUAAAAGAUCGAAGAAGAAAAGCCAAGAGACAAAAGGCGUUUAGUCCAGGGAACCUGAUCAUGUCCGGGAGUGAACACGAAGACGAUUUCUCCUUCCAUGAACCGGUUUCACAUCCACAGACAGAAAUGACAAAAGAUCAAAAUUUUGGCGGGAAAAUUGAAGAGAAAACUAAAAAAUCUCCCAAAAAAUCCGAUCUUCUGCCGGACAAAUCUCAAGAACUCCUUAAAAUCAUUGAUGUUUGUUCAGAUCGUAGGAUUUUUGAAAGUUUUGUUGAAGAGAUUAAGGCUGUUGAAAUGUUCUCUGUUGCUGUUGCAGUGGAGCGUGAAAACGGAGAGAAGAAUCAGAAGAUGAAGAGGCGAAGAAGUGGAUUGGAAAAGUGUCAGGUUGAGAGCGGAGUAGUUGUGGGAGUUGCAUUUACUUUUAGUCGUCUUGAAGCUUUCUAUCUUGCUCUUCUUCCAGAGCAGGAUUCCUGCCAACUUGAUGAAUCCCUGUCAGCCCCAUCUCUGGACAAUGACAUAUCUCUGGAGGAAAAACUACAGUUUCUAAGGUGGUUGGUAGCCUGUAAGAAGAGAUGUAGAGCUUUAUCCUGGAGACACCAGUUCUCAUUACUCUUCAGUAUAACUGGAGUUAAUAUACAGGCAGUGGCAGAAGAUCCAGGAGCUGCAGCCUGGCUGAUGGAUCCAGGAUCAACUCCUGGUACUCUGCAUCGUCUUGUUCUAGAUCAUAUUCCACAUCUUAUUCACCUUCUACAGCUAAUAGGAUCUGCUCCAGGAGUAGGAAGUGUGUCCUGUUCUCCCACUAGUCCUCAACCAGAACGUAUCCGAGCUGUUGUUGAAUCCGUCCUAGUCCUUCAUCUGCAGGACAAACUGUUAACGGGUUUAAUAGAGCAGAAACUAGAACAACAAUAUUUGCUGGUUGAGAUGAAGGUUGAGAGUAUACUCCUAGGCCUGGAGCUGACAGGGAUGGGGGUACAUGAGCAGGAGUUCAGGGAUACUAGGUUACUACUGGAGCAAAGAGUCAAGAUUAUAGAAGAAGAAGCUUACAGAUUGGCCGGCCGCCAUUUUGCUUUCUCUUCUCCCCAAGAUAUAUGUCGUCUUCUUUACCAUGAGCUGAAGUUACCAGUCAAUGGAGAUCCUAAACUUAAUUUAAGACAGGCUCGAGGUGGGAGAGGUGGAGUUCGUAUGUCAGCAUCUAAAGAAAUUCUAGAAAAGUUAGGAAGAGAUCAUCAACUCCCUCUUGGAAAAUAUACUUUACUCUACAUUAUUAGGAACGCUCUUGUACCGGGGGUAGGGAACCUAUAUCUAUCUGCUGACUACUCUCAGUUGGAACUGAGAAUACUGGCACAUCUCUCACAGGAUUCGACUUUAAUAUCUAUUCUGGUGGAAGGAGGGGAUGUUUUCAGGAGUCUAGCAGCUAGAACAAAUAAAAUUGAUGUUAGCGCAGUAACAGAUGAGCAACGACAGCAAGCUAAACAAAUAGUUUAUGGUUUAGUGUAUGGCGUUGGCCCCAAGUCUUUGGCGGAGCAACUAAAAGUUUCUGAGGCGGAAGCGGAAACUUUUAUGGAGGAUUUUAAGUCUAAGUACCCAGGAUUACGCAUUUUUCUAAACAAAUGCGUUGCAACGGCCCGACGCACCGGGUACGUUGAAACGAUAUCCUGCCGAAGACGACAAAUACCGGAUAUUGGAUCAACGAACAUACACAGGCGGAGCGCCGCAGAGAGACAAGCUGUAAACACUAAAGUUCAAGGAUCUGCCGCAGAUCUAGUUAAAACCUCGAUGGUGAGGAUAGAGGAGAGGUUGGAGGUCAUGUACCCGCAGAGGACACCCUUUAAAUAUACUAGUAGAAGUUCUCGAAGUAAAAUCUAUGGAUCUGGUUCCUGGUUAGUUCUACAGCUUCAUGAUGAACUUAUAUACGAGGUUGAGAGUAAAGAUGUUCUUGAGGUUGGAAGAUUAGUCCGGGAGUGCAUGGAGUCAGCUCUCCCUCUCUCCGUCCCUACUCCAGUUCGUCUCAAGGUCGGAGAAACCUGGGGAAACCUUCAGACCUUCACUCUUCCUGAUUGAUUAAACCUUUAGAUCUUUACUUUUCCUGAUUUAUUAAACCUAGUGAACCCUUCAGCUCUUCACUCUUCCUGAUUGAUUAAACCUUUAGAUCUUUACUUUUCCUAAUUGAUUAAACCUUUAGAUCUUUACUUUUCCUGAUUUAUUAAACCUGGAGAACCCUUCAGCUCUUCACUCUUCCUGAUUUAUUAAACCUGUGGAAAUAUUCAGACCUUUAUUCUUCCUGAUUGAUUAAACCUGGAGAAACCUUCAGUUCUAUACUCUUCCUAAUUGAUUAAACCUGAAGAACCCUUCAGUUCUUGACUCUUCCUUAUUGAUUAAACCUGAAGAAACCUUCAGACCUUCACUCUUCCUGAUUGAUUAAACCUGAAGAACCCUUCAGUUCUUGACUCUUCCUUAUUGAUUAAACCUGAAGAAACCUUCAGACCUUCACUCUUCCUGAUUAAUCAAGCCUUCAACCUUUCUGAUUCAUCAUUCAUUGAUUGAUCAAACUUUCUUGAAAUGUCAGUGAUUAAACAAUAAUAUAUAUAUAACCAUUUAAAA